AUGAGGACGUUCUCAGGCCUGAGCUCCAGGACCGCCGUGGGCUUCUUCCUCCACCUGGAGCAGCUGCUCUCCACCUGCGUGCCCUGCUUGCUGGUGGCCAGCAUGGACACUCGGAGUGAGUGCACAGUUAACUGGUCUGUGUCUCUGUGGUGCAUCUGCUUCAGUGGGACCCUCACCGUCUUCAUGGUGGAGUUGUGUGGCCUCCAAUCCCACUUCCCCUUGACCUGCUAUGAUCUUCUCUGCCACUAUGCCUUCUAUUUCACCCAGUUCUGUCUCUUUGCCUCCAUUAUUUUCGCCACCAACUAUGUUCGGUUCUUGCCUCAGAGCCACACCCGGAGCCAAGCCAUCGCCGCCACUGCCUGCUCCUUCAUCAGUUCUGUGCUUUACGCCAUCGAAGUGGCCUGGACCUGUGCCCUGACUGGUGAUACAUCCUGCUUUCUGCCUUCUGAUCCAGGCAAGCUCGAAGGGCUGGUGAUCUUCCUGCUCUAUGUCAUUUUGGCUUUAUUUUUAAGCACCACUAUCAACUGCAACAGCGAUUUCCAGUACACGUCUGCCAUGGUAAAACAAACGAUCCUAUGCUCCAUCUUCUUCUACCUGGGGAUGAUGUCCGCCCUGUGGCGUGAAGACAACAAUGAAACACGGAUACCUGUCUACUAUCCUUUACUGUAG